CUGAAGGCGGGCUGGGAGCGGGGUUCAGUGAAGUCUCAACCUCUCCGUCAUGUCAACGUGCACACUGCUGCUGGUGUCUCAGGCAGGCUGUGGGCUUACCAAAUCCCUUCAGUUCUGUGAGCCCUCGCUGCAAGCACAAUCUCUGACUCCACACCUACGGGAGAAUGCUUGGAGUGUUACAGAUCUUCUGACCUUUACCAAUGUUUUGGAGAAAGCAAGUCUUUUGUUGAAAGCAACAUCACAGAAUACCUGGAAUCUUCUGUUUUUUUAUUUGCGAGCACUUGGAAGGUCAAAUGCCUGCUGAACUGUGCUUCGAUCCUUCUGAGGUCUCCAAACAAGGAGAUCUUAAAAAGCAAAGCCAGUCUUUGGAAGAAGCUGCUGAACUCUGUGCAGACUUUUCAGAUGGAGAGACGCCUAUUCACACCUCUGUGCACCAAAAGGAAAUUGGGUUAGACAAAUCUGAUGGACUUUGCUAUGAAAAUAGUCAAAUUAAUGGUGAAUAUUCUGAUCAGUCUAGUUCAUCCGGAUAUAGCUCUUUGUUGGACAGCUGCUCUGAGCACAGUGAGUCUUUUGAGACUUUGGUUUCGGUUGACUUGGUUGAAAUAAGCCAAGCUGAUGAGUUUAACAUGCCAUUUGAGCCCAGUGAUCAAAGUGAGAUUUCUGAAAAAGAUGCUGAACAAUUAUUUUUAUCUGAGAUGAACCCAGAUGUUAGUGAGUAUUUUCAAGAAGAUGAUACAGAACAGUUAAAUUUACCUGAGAUUGACAUAAAUAUUUGUGAUUGUAUUCAAGACGAAGCAGAACAGUUGGAUUUAUCUGAGAUGAACCCAGAUGCUUAUGAGUAUUUUCAAGAAGAUGAGACAGAACGGUUAAAUCUAUCUGAGACGAACUCGGAUGUUUACGAGUAUUUACAAGAAGAUGACACAGAGCAGUUAGAUUUAUCAGAGAUUAACUCGGAUGUUUAUGAGGAUUUACAAGAAGAUGACACAGAGCCGUUAAAUUUAUCUGAGAUGAACCAAGAUGUUUAUGAGUAUUUUCAAGAUGAUGAUGAGGAACAGUUCAAUUUAUCUGAUAUGGACCCCGAUCAAAAUGAAGCUGUUGACUCCUUUCGAUUAGAUCUAUUAGAUAAUGAAACCAUUUCAGGAUGUGAUGCUGAAUAUGAAGGAUCCUUAUCUGAAGAAUACAGCCUAUCUGGUCAAAACAUAGUAGCUGAACUGAACACACAUAAAGAGUGUACGCUGAAUGAUCAAAACAAGCCCGCUGAAUACCAUGACAUAGAUUUUGAUUCCCCGGAUCUGUGUCAAGUCUCUAAACAAAGCAUGCUAUCUGACCACUGUGUGUCCCUUGAGCAAACACGGGUUACUGGGCAAAUGGACACCCCUGAUGACAGAGCGACACUACACAGCCCAGACUGUUGCACUGAAGAGACCGUAGAUUGUAGCCGGACAUGUUGUGCCACUGAAGGUACUUCACAGAAACGACAGCUGUUUAAGCAGGAAUGUAACCAACAUUUUGAGCAAAACGAAUCCUCUGAAGACCGUGCUGCAUGUGUUGCAACUUUAGAACAAUGCACAAGUUGUGGAGCACGCUUUGAGAAAUGUGACGAUCGGGAACAAUGCAGUUCCUCUAUGCCUUCUAACCGGUCGGAGAGCCCACAUCAAAGCAGACUUGCUGACUUGCCAACAGCACAACGGUCUGUCUUUCACAGCUCUGAACUACCCAAAGAAAACCAGAGCAACAGUUCUGAAAUUAGGAAGCCAUCUGCAUGUGAUGCCCUGUUUUCUGGCUCAAUGGCAACUUUUGAGGAUAGGUGGCUCUCUCAGUUUCUUACAGAUCUUUUGAGACACAAUCAAGAAUCUGCAGAUCUUGAGGUCAGUCAGUCCAGUGAAGAUUUUAAAACUCCUGAAUCUGAUUCAUGCUUUGUGCCUGAAGUUCGGGCAACUAAGUUGUGUAAAAAGUGUUCUGAUAGUGAGCAAGGGAUGAAACCGCAAUGUUUUCCGCUUGAUAGUGAUGGGGAAAGAACCUUUGUACUGCACCCAAAUGUUCAUAACUCUCUAGAUGCAGUAACUAAAGGCGGUUCUUCAGAUGAAUCAAGCGAGGAAGAGUAUUCGGACUGCAUUGACAGUAAAAGUCAAGACAGCUCUGAAACCGAUGAAUCGUUCACAAGUUUUGCUGAUGAGUCAGAAUCAUUUGAAAUCUUCUCAGAUAAGGUAAACCAUCUCAGUCUUACAGAGGAUAGUGAUCAGUCGCAAGAGUACCCUGAAGAUGAAACGACCUUUGACACAUAUACACAGGAAGCAUUAGAUGUUUGUGAAAUUGAUUCUGAAGAACAGGACAGGAAAGUCACAGGACAGAAAAGCAGUAAAACAUAUGCUGAAGUUGUUCUGGUCGGACUCCCCAUAGAUCCAUGUCAGAUCCAUCAGUCUUGUGCUAAAGAUGAGGUCUAUGAAACCGAAGCUUACGAGCCUAAUUUAAUUGGUGAGAAUUGCUGCACGCUAUAUUCUGAAGAAGUCAAGGGCAUUGAACCUUGGCACAAAAAUGGAGAGCUCGUCGAACCUCUUGAUGGUAUGCUGGCACAAGUGUCUUGUGUUGCAGCUGUUGAAGGUUACGAACAUCAAACAUUACUAGAAAAUUCUUUGGAAGAUUUGUCCACCGAGUUCUGUUACCAAACGUUUACGUAUCAUGAAGAUGAUACUCCCGAAUUGCUUGAUAAGGAACCAACAUUGGGAAUUGAGGACAGUCAGGAUUUAAAUAAGCUUAACGGAUUUCAAAACGAGGAAAUCAGAAAGGACACUGUAUUUGAAAAUGAAGAGACCUUUACAGAAACCGAGGAGGCUCAUGGACCUUCUUGUGGAGAGAUUGAAACUUCCGAAGAUGAAGAAGGAUCUCUGUUUGACUUUGAAGAUGUUGUGGUGCGUGCUGAGGAACAUGAUACAAGCAAAGGGAACGAUGCCAAUCAAGAACUCAUCAAAGAUGAGUCAAAAGAUGGCACUGCUGUUCUUGAGUGUUCCGUCUCAGUUGGUCAGCAAGAGUCAUCAGUGUCUCAAAAUGAAUCGAACGAUAGCUCUGAAGUCCUUUAUUCCCAUGAAGCAGACCUAUCAGAGCAAAGCGACCGAAGUGAAAAGCUAGAGCAGCUUAUACAUCAAGUUGCAAAAAAUGAAGCACCUGAAUAUAGUGAGCAGGACGGGUUCAUUAAAGUGUCUGAUCAAAGCACAACAUCAGAGCAGACUGAUUCUUCUGACGACAGUGAAGUGUCUGAAGAUGAAGAGUAUUCAGAGUUCUGCGACUGUGAAUUCUGUGUUCCACCCACAGAUCAGGUCCCAGCCAAGCCACUUCUUCCACAAAUAAAGUCUAAAGAUGUAGGGAAGAUCUGUGUGGUGAUUGAUCUGGAUGAAACACUAGUCCACAGUUCAUUUAAGCCAGUGAACAAUGCCGACUUUAUCAUUCCAGUGGAAAUUGAUGGAACUGUACAUCAGGUGUAUGUUUUGAAGAGACCUCACGUGGAUGAGUUCCUCAAGCGAAUGGGUGAAAUGUUUGAGUGCGUGUUAUUCACCGCAAGCUUAGCCAAGUAUGCCGAUCCCGUCUCAGACCUGCUGGACAAGUGGGGUGCUUUCCGAAGCCGUCUUUUCCGGGAAUCCUGUGUGUUUCACCGUGGAAAUUAUGUCAAGGACCUAAGCCGUCUAGGCAGGGAUCUCGACAAAGUCAUCAUAGUGGACAACUCACCAGCCUCGUAUAUCUUCCACCCAGAUAAUGCUGUACCUGUAGCUUCCUGGUUUGACGACAUGUCCGACACAGAGCUGUUGGAUCUCAUCCCUUUCUUUGAGAGACUGAGUAAGGUGGAUAACGUCUACACUGUGCUCAAGCAGCAAAGGACUACUAGCUAGUAUGACACUAUGGGCAGCUGUCACUAUGGGGCCAGGGAGGCUGCUGGGCUCGGAGCACCACGCUGCUUCCCUUUAACAGGACCAGCCAUUAGCUCAGUCCUCGUCACCUACCCAGAAUUCCAUUCACAGGAUGUUUGAUGGAGAAUAGGAAGUGGAAUAACUGUGAAGGACUGCUUUAUCAAAUGCAUAAUUAAAGGAGCUGAUUGAUUGUUGUAACACUUGAAUGGGUGAAUCUCAAAAUAAAAGAUGUCUUGGUUAUAUUUAACCCCAAAUUAUAAACAAUGCAAAAAAUCUAGUAAUCAUUCUAAACACUGCAAUCGAAAGGAAACAAUUUAUUUAAAUUGUAAAGAAAGUAUUUAUACAUCAGGGUAGUAUUUGUUGCACUGCCUAUAAUUUAUAUUAAUUUUAACGAAAUACUGUAUUACAGUAAUAUUGAAAUGAAUCACCAUUAAGCAAUAUGUGCUUAAUUGUUUUUUACAAAUACGUCUCCCUGUUUGUGGGGUAAAACGUAACCUGGACAUGUUUUCACGAGACUAACCCGAUUAUGUGUUGUUUCAGUAUCAAGAUUGAGGGAAGCCCUGUUGUAAUGAAACAAGUUCAUUGUCCUCUUUGGUUGGUGAUUUGAGAAGAUCUGAUGUAAGAACAUAACUACAUUUCGUACCUUCCUCUUCUUGGGCUUUAUUUUGAGCUAAACUUCCCUCAUUCCCUGUGUUUCAUGAGUUAAGUGCUCAUAUACGGACAAAAACAUGAACGGCAAUCAUAUAGAAAACUAUGCUGUAUUUUUUAAUCUAGCCAAAACGUAAUUCAUUGAACUUUGAAGAUUUUACUAUUUCAUAAACCCUUGUUUUUUCAAAAUCAUAAACUCGAUUU